AUCCGGUUCCGUAGGUCGGAGGACACUGUUGUCAUAUUUUCUGUGUUUGUGUCUGCUGUUUUGUGUAGUGACAUAUUCCUAAAUUGGGCCGUAUAAUUAGGUGAAUUUUGAAAUUUAAGAUUAUAAAGUACAAACAAACUACCAAUCUUAACAUAGUAUAAUGAAAAACUACGUAGUUUUCGUGAUAUUAUAACAAGAAAGCACGACCUUGCAACGCCAUUCCUUUGUAGGCUAUGUAGAAGUGGCUUCCAUGUCGAGUUCACAAAAGAAGGAGUGUUUUAUAAAAUUGCAUACCGCGAAAUUUGAAGAAUUUAUGUUUAUGUUGAUACUUACAAUUAUGGGUGUACUGUAAUAAAAACUAUCAUACUAAAUGAAAUUAGCCCUAUAAAUAGAUUUAAUUAAUAAUGAAAUUAGAAGAUGCUAGAUGAAUGUAAUUAUUAAUAUACUCAUCUUCAGCAGAUGUAGGCCUAAAUCUAUUUUCUAUCUAUGUUACAAAUUAUAUUGCAAGAAAUGAGCUUAGUAUAAUAAGACUACAGAAUUAUUAGUAAAAUAUACAAACUUUAUUGGGGCCAUAUUGGCAAGUAUCAAAAUGUUAUACCUAAUUUUUGGAAAUAACCAAUAAAAUGUAUAACUUAAUUUAACCUUAAUUGUUCACGUGUAAUAAAGUGUCACUCAUUAUGGAGGUUACAGAUCGCUCUACCCAAAUAAUGGCAGUACCAAUGCAACUUGGGCCAGAAUCUAGAGUGCAGAUUGUGUCUAAGUUAACACCUGCAUCUGUUGGUAUUCACACAGAAGAAGAUGAAGCAGACAUAAUGGGGACUCAUUACAUACCUGUCAAUGUGCAGCGUGUAUCAGAUUCUCUGACUUCCAAAGUGUUAGGCACCGAUUCAUUACAUGGGGAGCUGCUGACUCAUCAGGUUGUUGAUUUAGCUGGAGCUGAUUUCGUUCAGCACACGGUUCCAGCACAUUAUUAUGACACUGAUGAUAUUUUGUCUCAAGAGGAUUUAACAGAAGAAGACCGUAGACUUGCAGCAGCAUUAGUAGCUGUUCAAUUUGUUCAACAACAAAAGCAACAGCAGCAAACUACAGUGUUAACUAGUGAUUUGCUGGACACAAAGCCUAUUGUUACUCUGCCUAAUGUAAAUAUAGAUAAACCAAUGACAAUAGUGAAUUAUAUGCAAGAGGAAGAAGUUCAUCAGCAGCUGAUGGAACAACAAAGUCAGGAACGCAUGUUGAAGAUAUAUCAGAACACUCCACAACAGGAAAUAAAACUUCAGCAUUUACCACCUCUGAAGAAGGUUUUGUCCAAUCAGUCCAUGAUUGUGACUAGCAAAUACAACACACGCCAAGAGGAAAUUUCUCAGGUGCCAUUGCCAGAGAAAACAUCAAGUGAGACAAUCAUAGGAUCAGUGAUGCCAGAAAUGAGUUCCUCUGGUAAGCCUCUGGAAGAAGUAGACUCUGACUACGAUGUUGAAAGUCGACCCAGUCAUCGUAGCUUGCCUCACAAAAAACGUAUUCCUCGUAAACUCAAGGCACCAUCUACUCGGAAUAUCCAUACAAAAUGUUACAAGUGCAAUAAAUGUGGAGAGACAUUCACAACUCAGGCUGCAUUCUCAGCUCACAGACUGACACACGCAUCUGUAGGCAACACUAAACGUCCAGCAAAUAAUUAUUCUUGCGAACUGUGCAACAAACAGUUUGGAUCUCAGCUGAAGUUCUUUGAACAUCUGAAGUCCCACUACGAGCCAGGAGGAGCACACCAGGAGGUGGGGGAGAACCACAUAGCCCACCCUCUCACUCCUACCAUACAGGACUCGUUCAGUAUCAAGAGUGAGUUCCAACAGGUGGGGAAGGAGGAGCCACAGGGAUGUGUAGGGCUGCCAUGCAGUGUGUGUGGUAAGGUUUUCCGGCGUCAGAAGGCCUUGGAGAGUCACAUGAGCGUGUCUCACCCACGGGACAAUGAGAUAGAAGAGUUCAGUGAGCCAGAGGACAUGAUGGAGGGCAUCAGACAUGUUGUCAACAUUGGUAGUGGUGACGAGGACCAUUGCGAUGACAAGAUUCGACAGUGGAGGUACAGUGAGCUUGGCAUGGAGUUGCAAGAUGUCUGCCUGGUAUCACCCUCUAUGGACUCAGGUAAUGAGGACACCAAGCAGCCACGAUCACCAAGGGGAAAGCAGCUAUCCUGUCCACAGUGUGACCGCAGCUUCAACCACCGCAACUCAUUGCUCUACCAUAUCCGCAGCCAUAGUGGUCAGAGACCUCAUCAGUGUGAGGUCUGCGGCAAGAGCUUCUUGGCUGCAAGUGCUCUCAAGGUACAUAUGAGGUUACACAGCGGUGACAAGCCAUACAAGUGUGACUUCUGUGGCAAAACGUUCCGGCAGUGGGGAGACCUCAAGUACCAUGUGACCUCACUGCACUCAGAUACUAAACAAUUUCAGUGUGAAUACUGUGGAAAGGACUUUGCCAGAAAGUACUCCCUCAUUGUUCAUAGGAGGAUACAUACUGGAGAAAAGAACUAUACCUGUGAAUAUUGUAACAAGACUUUUAGAGCAAGCUCUUAUCUACAAAACCAUCGACGUAUCCACACAGGUGAAAAACCACAUAGUUGUGAUGUGUGUGGCAAACCAUUCAGGGUACGCUCAGAUAUGAAAAGACAUAGAACCACUCACUCUGGAGACAAACGUCGUAACAAUCCUCCCCCUCAGGAGAGCUUGUCAGAUGUGGAGGCCGAGACUAUUCUGCCAGACUGCAGUCCUCUCAAUCUGAAUGUGAGGAGCAAUGACUCUGAUGAGACCUUGGUCUACCGAGAGUGUAUGGAGAGGGAGACUGUGUUCCUUUGGAUACCCAAUACGCAGCAGUCAAUACUCUCAGAUGAAUAACAUGAGGAGAAAUUGUAAUUAAGUCAAAUCAGGUUUAUCUUAAUCUGCGGGUGAAUGUUAAUGAGGUUUCAUUAUUAGACUAAAAUAUUUCUCAUUAUAUUCAAAAGUUAUAUGAGAAUCUUAAUGAAACAACAUCACAGCAAUAAGAUUGUGAUGUGUGUACAUUUUAAAUAGAUUGAAAAUACUUAAAUCUAUUCUUUACAAAUUUUUAGCUAGUCACCAUUUUAGCCUCUGUAUCUGUAGAUAAGGCUGAUAUAGAUAUCAUUUGUGUUUUAGCAGUUGUAUUUAACUGUCAAGCUAAGGAAUGUAUCAUUGCAUUUUUCGCCCUCCAAUUUUUAACUCCAACCAGACUAUUGCAGCUAAUAAUCAAUUCCUUUCAUGAAUUAAAUUCCUCUAUUGAUAUAUUUAAAAAAUAAAUAUUGUUCUUAUACAAUGUGAAUUAGAUGUGCCUCCCAGACAACCAUUAAUCCACACACUAAAAGAAAGUGACCUACAAAAACAAAAUAUUAUUUGUUGCUGUUUGUUUUCUUAUCAAAUUUUCCUCUACAAGCUGAUUGCAGUUUUACAAAGUAUUUAAAAUUGUGAUAUAUUUUGUACUUUAACAACUUAAAAUGAAUAGUUUUUAUUGUAUCAUCACAAAUACCAUCAGUAAACAACCACCAAGACUAUUUUUGUAUUAAUUUUAACAUGUAAUUAAAGGGAGCCAUUAUUUGUUUCUUUUUCAUUUAAAGUAUUAAUUUCUUAUUAUUUAUUUAUAUAAAGUACUUCCACCCAUAUUUUGAAGAAGGUAAAGUGAAUUUAAAAAAACAUGUUUAAGUUUAAUAGAUUGACAUAAACCCAAUUGUAAUAUAAAAAUAACUUCCUCUGAAUGUUUCAUUUGUCUUGAUUAUGUUUGGCAACAAAGUUAAUUUUACUGAUGUUACAUAAAACAGACCGUUUUAAGUUGAAUAAUUUGUUUAGUUUGAAGGA